AUUACGGUCACCAGCUCUCUCUCACAAGGAGCAUGUUAGAGGUUAGAGGCAUAGGGAGCUCUCCAUAUUCAUGGAACAUCAAAAAGAAAUGACAUUGAGCAUGUAAGAGCCAUCGGGAGCUCUCCCCAAUCAUAGUGCCGUCAGGAAGAAAUGGAAUCCUGGAACUCCACACUGGAAGUGAAAGAUCUAAAAGAAAAACCUGAACAACAGAUCAGAACAAAAGAGACUGACAAGUUACUUAACAGUACUGAACCUCGACAGCAACAAAGUGCCUUACUUGCUAGAGGAAAUAGGAAAGCAGUCAAAAGUCCUCAAAGAUCAUCAAGUAGAAUAAAAGAGAACAAGCAUCCAUUUGCCCUUUACGGGUGGGGAGAAAAACAGAUGGAUACAGGAAGCCAAAAAACUCACAACGUCUGUGCUUCCGCCUCAGUGCAUGAGAUUCAUGAAUCAGCAUUACGAGCCAAGAACAGAAGACAGGUGGAAAAAAGGAAACUGGUCACCCAGAGGCAGCGUGCUCACUCCGUGGAGGUGGAGAAGAACAGACGGGUGAAGCCUUCCGCCUCCGAGAACCCGUGGAUGACAGAAUAUAUGAGGUGCUAUUCAGCACGAGCAUAAGCAGACACGGUUGCUGGGACAGCCUCUUUGAAAAGGUAUAAAGAAAGAACAAGAGAAAAACCAUCAAAAGAAAACAGAGACAGGUUUAAGAAACCAACAGAUUAUUUAAGGUUUUUCAUAGGGAAUUUCCUAAAGACUGCUCUGUCUCGACGGAUCCUGGUCACCUACCUCAGCCGUAGGGUGACAGUUGAAGCCAUAGACAUUUGGUUAUUUAUGGAGAUAAUUCCCUAAAUAUUUGAUAUUCUUAUAAGGGUUUUGUUUUAAAGCAUCUUAAUCUUUUCAGACACCGACACCGAAUGCCUUUAAAUGGCUACAGAUGCUUAACAUUCAAUAUUUUCAUCAGUUUAGCCGGAGCCUAUUUUCAUCCUGUUCUAAUAACUUUCAGAUUCCAUAGCCAGUAAGAUCAUUCCAACUUGCAGCUUAAGACCCAUUUUCCUUAUGUGGAGUUUUCUAUGUGAAAGAAUAGCUUGUUAAAAGUGAGUUUCAACACUAAUACUGACUCCUGUGUAGUGAAACCAGAAUCUUGGUAGUUCCUGAAAAAUUAAACUUAUUUGUGUUUCAGAUUCGGCAUCACGUCACGCAGACUGAAUUUAAGAAUUAUCUGGGUUGGGUUGAGGGUCCUCUUUUCUCUUUAAAUUGUCAUUGAGGCACUUAUUAUUUCAUAGUUUAAUAGAUCAAAAGCAUUCCAGUGAAUGAAGUGCUAGUGCCAUGUAUUUAGAGUAGUACUGAAGUUUCUUUUGAAACUUUUUUUUUAUUAUUGCAACUUUUUUUUUUUUAAAACACAUAAUGGGGAAUCAUUCCUUGCUGCAGUCUGGCCUUUUGGCACAUAUGCACUGUGGAUUUUUGCCUCUUCUAUAUAUAAUAGUUGGCAAUGAUGUUUAGAACUUACAAUGUGAAAUUUCAUUUAAUUAUGCUGAGAUUGUUUUGCUCACUGGGGAUGGGGGACAAAUGUUUUGAUACCAAUUAGAGAUGUGGCCCACCCCUCCUUUCUGCACUUCUCCCCUACAGACUCAUUUAUAACAAAGCCUCAAUGAUGUACAUUAUUCAGACUUCUGGCUGAAACACAUGACUAGGCAGCAGGUGUUACAGAGAACUUACAGUGGGAGAAUGGUGGUGUGUGUCUAGGCACAGAUGUGAGUAUGUAAACAAAGUGCUCCUUCCCUGGUACAAUUGCUUUUGGGGUAGAAAAAUGGUUUUAAGAAACCCUUGGUUUCCAUCCAGCAGAUAGAGAAAAAUCUACAGGAAGGUUGAGUGCUAAAUUCUCUGUAAGAGACUCCUUUUGACUAGGCCAGGCACCUGGAGAUGGGCAGAUAAAGUUUGCUGUUAGAUGUGAGGUUGAAAAUUUCCUUGAUAUUUUUUACUCUGGAUCUUUGAAGUAUCAUGUUCAGUUUUAACUUUUUUAUUUUUAUUUUUUAUUUUUUAUUUUUUUUUUUAAGUAGGCUCCACAACCAACAUGGGGCUUGAACUCAUGACCCUCAGAGCAAGAGUCACAUGCUGUACUGACUGAGCCAGCCAGGUGCCCCCAUUGUCAAUUUUUAGAACACAGAUAUGUUUUAUUCUACAUAAAGUCUUCCCACAGUAUCAUUGUAAUACUGUAGUAAACUUUGAAAACUCACCUAAUCAUGAGCUUUUAAAAAAGUACUUUUUAAAUGUUUGCAUCAUUUUGAAAUGAAUUCUUUUACAUAGAGAGCUCUCCUAAUCUUUGAGAUGUAUAUUUAACAAGAAGUUCUAUAUGUUGGUCCAAACAACCUUGCUAAUAAUUCUGGUGAUUGUUGCCGUAAUUAUUGUUCAAGUCCUUAAACACUGCAGGUACCUAACAAUCAAAAUCAUGUGGCAUUGUGAUGGUGUAGCUGACUGUAAAAACUGUUCCUUUCAAACCACUUCUUGCAUGUUUGGUUUUAGCCAUGAAGCUCAAGCGUUCCUGUUGCACCUGACAAUCUUAGGGAAGCUAGCCUUGGGGGUAGCUUAGGCCCCACGCUGACAGGCUGCCUUAGAAACCCAACUUUCUCUAGGCUUUGACCGAGCCAGACUCUCUCUCUCCUUUAGAGAACAGACUCGUAUCUAACAUUCUUACUACUGAAAACUCCAGAUGGAGAUAAAACCUAGGAGGCAAUAUUGGCCAGUUUCCCCCACCCCCCCCCCCCUUUUUAAGUAGAGGACAAGUGAUCACAAUUUUUAGAGUACUUUUAAUAUGCAUGCACAAUGAAUAAAUCAAUCUGAAUUAAUUGUGAGUGCCCUUCCUAUGCCCAAGUCAUUAGUUAGUUAGGGUGUCUUUUCUUUUUAGAGGUGAAAAUUACCUUUUGAGCCCAUGAUGUUUUUUUAAGUGAUAACAAUUUGAUGGUCUUUUUCCUUCUCACUCUAGAAACUAAUGUAGUUUUAAUUAUGUUUCUAAUUCAUGGGACAAACUGAAAGACAGUUUAAAAUUACCUUUCAUGUUGAAAAGUUUGAAACUGUUGAGAAUCCAGUGACAUUUAAAAUGAAAGAUAGAAUAAUUGCUACAUAAGACUCUUUUAAAUUUUGGUUUUAAAAUUAAAACAGUUUGCCAUAAACAUGUUUUCUGUGUUACCUUUAUUAAAAGCAGUAAUACAGUAUUGAAUAACAUCUAGCACUCUGCUGGACCAAAGUGAAUGAGAAGUAAAUAGGAAUCUAUUCUUUCUUUUAAAACCUAAAAGGCAAAUAAAAAAAUAAAAAAAUAAAAAUAAAAUAAAACCUAAAAGGCUGCUCUUAUUUAGGAGGUAUCAAAACACUUGGUACCUCUGGUUUUUUAUAUAUAUAAAAAUAUAUAUAUAAACAUAUAUAUAUAUAUAUAUUUGUUCCUCCAUCGCCAUAACAUUUGUAAGCACACACAUAUAUUUUUUUUAAAGUUUACUAAACACAUAAUAGGAUGUAGGUUAUCUUAAUUGAUCAUGAUGUAGUACACGCAUAUUUAUGGCACUUCAUAUGUAAUAGCUUUGUCAUUGUUACAUUAAAUAAAAAUUGCUAAUAACUUGAAAGGUGUGGUUGUGAGAUCACUCCAAGUCAGUUAACUAACUUGCAUGAAAGGUGUCUGUGAGUUUUUAGAAGUCACCUUCCAAAACAGAAUUCGGCACUCUUGGCAGGGUUAAAAAGAAUCUGUAGUGAUUCCCCUCCUCCUUUAACUUGAAAUGCUAUACUGAGCGUAAACUUUAAAAAUGGAAUGUUUAUAGUAGUACGUGGUAUUUAAAAUGUUCAAAAGUAUUAUUGGCAAAGAGGGAGAGAGGCAAAGCAUAUGUUAGAAGUGAAAACAACUUUUCUUGUUGACUACUUCAGUAAAAAAUAGUUUCAUGGAUAGUUUUACCCUGGACUAAAGUAAAAAUGGUGCUAAUGUUUGUUUAUCUUGAUUCUGUAUUUGGUUUGAUAUUAAAAUGCUAAUGCCUGACUCAUAAUGUCCUCACUAUAGUCUGGUGAUAAGUUCCAUAAUAUGUAAAAAGGAGUCCUAAAAAAAUGACCUGAUCAUUUCAAAAUAUUUGCAUUUGAAAUGGAUUUUUGUACAACAGAAUGAAUAGGGAGUUAACCGGUGUAAGUAUAUGCCUAAUACCAAAUUCUUUGCAAGGAGCUAUGUCUAGAUACCCAGAUUUGCUCCCUUCAAGCCUAUGAGUGUGAGAUGGAAAUAAGUUGCUUCUUUUAAUACUUAUUGCCAUUUUGAAAGUCAGGACACCUGCAUGAAGACAUCAGAAGCCUCUCUUUGGAUUUCUUUUAUAAUUAGCAAAACUGUACUUAAGAACAGUCUCCCCCUAUAGUUAUAUGUUUAUUUUGAGUACAGACUUCAAUUUAACAUUCUGAAGGAACAAAGGCUGGGAACCUAUAAUCACAAAGCUCAGGCAAUGAGAAUUUUGGGUUGUAUUUUCUAAGAACUAUGUAUUGCUUUUAGCUUAUAUUUAAUAUUGCAAUUUCUUGGAAAAAUGUGAAUAAAGUUAAUAUUACAGACUGAAA